AAACUGCGGUUUAAGGUAUUUUUGCUCAAGCUUUACAUUCGUAUACUAUCUAUAUAUGACAUUCAACCGUUUAUUUUCGUAUCCCCGUCAUAUUAGCGGACUAUCAGGCAUAUUCAUUUUAUUUGGAAUAGAUAAGUAAAUUAAACAAGUGUCAUCAAGAGACAGUAUUGAGAUUCAGUUGUUGAAAGUAUUUGGCUAAAAUAUAGGGAACGUGUUCAUAUUUGAAGUACUAGGAUGGAAGCAUACAACCGUCUUCAAGAGGACAAGAAACCAAGGGUCCUUUUUAUCAUAACAUGCCUGCCCGUUUUGAUCAUCAGUGUGUUAAGCAUGUGGCUAUACUUGCCCAGGAAACACGAGAAAGCAGAAUUCGCACAACUUGCAAACCAAGGAACACUCCUAUUCAUCUUAGGUAUUAUCCAUUUCCUCGGCGGAUUGUUCAGUCUGAAAUGGAACAUUGACUACAGCAGAUACAAGCCUCUGGCAGCAUGUAUCUGCUGGAAUGCCUGGCUACUUGUCAUUCUGGUUUUGCAUACUAACAGUAUCAUCCUAUAUACUGAGAUAUGGUCCAUCAAAAUCCUAUCAGCUCAGCUGACAUGUUUGGUUACUGCUCUGGUACUUUGGCAAAUAUCCGUACACUGGAACCUGUACAACAAUGGGCAACAAAGACGAGAUUAGAAAGGACUAUGAAUUACCACACAUACUUUCAUAAUUCUUUUUCUCGGUAUCAUUGUAAUCGCUAAACAACAGUUCUAGUUACUUGUCUAUUCUUGAACUUUCCCUGAAUUUGAAUUAUAAUAAUUAUCUCUCUAAUACUUAUAUUUUGCCACGUCGCGACAACAUCUCGUGAGAUAAUACAGAAAUGAAUGUUUUAAAUUUUGUAAUCAGAAUUCUAAUAUGGUUCUUAGUCUCAAGACAGUUUUGCAAGUUUUUUUGUUGUUUUUUUUUUAAGUUUGUAAGAUUCUUGGUCGUAGAAAAUCUACAAUUGUUUUCAUUAAGAAGUCUGUUCAUGAAAGUUAAAGAAAUUUGCAACAACCUCAAAUGCGCCCUUGCAUCGGUUUAAGCGGAAUUCAGUAUAGAUCCAACCCGUUUAUAAAUAUUAAGGACGUUUAAUAUUUGUCGCCCAACCAUAAAUGUGUCUGUUCAAUGUCAGUUCUGAUAUAUGUGAUGAAAACAGAACCCACUACACUGCUUGAUGAAUUGACCUUGACUCGAAUGAGCAGUCCAUGUUUGCAAGUCACAUGCCCUAAUACCGACAAUGUUGUUAACACACUCAGUAACGAAGGGACGCGUUUUUAAAACAAGAGCCCAGUGGCCAGUAAAAAUUUGACAGCAAAUUAAAAAUGACACUAAUCUGACAGCCCGGCAUGUGAAUAUAACAUUCGGGCUAGCGAAAUUUAAAUACUAAAAUUUAAAUGCAAUAUGCUCUGUUCCAUUGGACUUGGCACUUGAAGUUUCUCGAUGCAGGAGCCAAUGUGACCAUCUUAUGUAAAACUUUAUAUCAAUCCGCAAUAAAAAUCAUCUACGUAUCAAAUUGCAGGAGGACAUUCAUUGAUAAAUGUGUUAUAAUUUGUUUAGAAUUUUCCUGUCCCUAUCAACACAUGGCUUUGUUCUGCAUUGUGCAAACAUACCAGUGCGCGGAAAUUGUUAAAAUGCCGAACAAAGCACUUAUAAUGAUGCGUCAAUCUGGCAAACGGGUUCUUCCAGGAAAGAAAUUAUGCAUACAUGUGACAGAAAAACAAACAGGAUUGUUUUAAUAUUGCAUAUUUCUUCUCUGUAAUAGGGGAUGAUGGAUAGGCUUUUUUUUUUUCUUUUCUUUUUUUUUUUUUUUUUGUUAUUCUCCGCUAUAACACCCAUGCUCCUAGUUUCAAUUUUGAUAACGUUUGUUUCUGCUAUUACAGAUUUCCUUUCCACAUUAUCCUUAACAUCAUAUUUGAUAACGUCCGUAUGUCUUGCACGAAUCUUACAUAAGUUAUUCUAUUUUAACUUGUACUUUUUGGUCAGAUUCCCCCCUCAUAUAUACUGUAACUGAAUUUUCAGAUAUAUAGAUCACCUUAACCAUAAACUCUUGCAAAACCACAGAAAAUGAAUGAUCAUGCAUAUGCAGCCAUUUGUGAGUUUGCCAUAUGAUCAUACUUACUCAAAAUUAUAACGUACCUGCGAAACAAAUUUAAUGCGAUUAAAAACAUGAACAAUAAAUUUAAUACGAUUAAAAGCAUGAACAACAAAUUUAAUGCGAUUAAAACAUGAACAACAAAUUUAAUGCGAUUAAAACAUGAACAACAAAUUUAAUGCGAUUAAAAACAUGAACAACAAAUUUAAUACGAUUUAAUACGAUUAAAAACAUGAACAAAUUUAAUACGAUUAAAAACAUGAACAACAAAUUUAAUACGAUUAAAAACAUGAACAACAAAUUUAAUACGAUUUAAUACGAUUAAAAACAUGAACAAAUUUAAUACGAUUAAAAACAUGAACAACAAAUUUAAUACGAUUAAAAACAUGAACAACAAAUUUAAUACGAUUAAAAACAUGAACAAAUUUAAUACGAUUAAAAACAUGAACAAGAUUAAAAACAUAAACAACAAAUUUAAUACGAUUAAAAACAUGAACAACAAAUUUAAUACGAUUAAAAACAUGAACAACAAAUUUAAUACGAUUAAGAACAUUAACAACUAAAAAAAUAAUACAAUUAAAAACAUUUUAUUUUUGUUGGAUUUAACGUCGCACCGACACAUGAUAGGUCAUAUGGCGACUUUCCAGCUUUAAUGGUGGAGGAAGACCCCUGACAUCUGUCAAUAACUAAACAGAGGAAUACUCUUGUAUAAUAAAAAGAAAUGUUUAAUGUGUGUUUUGUAAGUCCUUUGGUAAAUGACAGUCUAUUAACUGAACAAAAUGUUAUUUCUGAAUAGUAUUGCUUCACGAAUGCUGUGUUUGUUCUUAACUGAGGACCGUACUGUAUUUUUUAUUCACAAUAAUCGGUAGGCAGGGCUAUGUAUCUGUCGCUAAUCGAACAAUACUUUACUUCAAAACAAAUGUUUCUGUUGAGCUUACCAGAAGACCACCACAUUCUUUAACAGUAAUCCUGUGUGUGUAAUGUGUCAGCCGCUAGCUAAACUAUACACCCUAAUUCUACAUAUUUAAAGUAAUACUCAGUGUGGCCAAUUUCCGAGUUACUGAAUAUGUACUGCCGGUGUAACUGAGUAUAUACUGCCGGUGUAUAUACUGCUGAAUAUAUAAGUCGGUGGUGCAUAUUGUGGUGAUAAUAGAAAUCAAUACGUUUUUGAUGCAAUGCAUUUUUGUACUUAAUGGUUAUAACUCAUUACGGCUGAUCGGUCAUUGGACUUUACGGCAAAAUUUAAAAGUACUAGCGGAAUGCCGUAGAAUGUGUUCGCCAGGUUGUUUGACUCAAUGUUGUCGUCUGUCAUUGCAUACAGGGCAGCCAUCAGCCAAGGUGUACACAUAAUUUUACAUGUAUAGAAUCUGUUAUACACAGGGCCAUAUAUCUUGGAACUGAACUGUACUUCUUUUCAUAUGAUUAGUCACCCAGUUUUAUUUUAUCUUUUGCACAUUGUUUAAAACACUUUUAACAAUUGCGUCGUAAUUGGACAGCAUUAACGACAUUAAAAAGAAUUGGAAUAAACAAUCGGGUUACCCCUAUAAUUUGCGAUAUUUUGUUACUAUUUUAAACAUACCUAAUACUUAUUUCAGUAUUGUUUCUAAAUUUGAUGCCUCAUUGUUGAUGAAUACGUUUGUAAAGAUCUUUUUUAUGCACUAACUGUCUGCAUAUUUGUAAUACCUGAAAUAAAGAUUUGUGUAUUUGAAAUAACUUUACGAUUGUGUCUAAUACAGGUAAAAUCAUUUAUCUUGUUUAAAACUACCUUCUCUCUGAUUCAUACUAGAAAUCAAUAUAUUAUUUGAUGCAAUGCAUUUUUCUACUCAAUGGUUAUAACUCAUUACGGCUGAUUGGUCAUUGGACUUUACGGCAAAAUUUAAAAGUACUGGCGGAAUGCCGUACAGUGUGUUCACCAGGUUGUUUGACUCAACCGUGUGGUCAGUCAUUUCACACAGGACAGCCAUUUGGUGUACACAGAAUUUUGCAUGUAUAGAAUCUGUUAUACACAGGGGCUUGUAUCUUGGAACGCGUAAACAUCCCCAUGCACCUGUGGUAGCUGGUGACGUGGCUUGGAAACUAGCAUCAGUGAGACAAACAACCUGUGUAUCUACGUACAGGUUUUUAGUUUGUAAUAUGCCUACAUCUAGAAUCAGUAAUAGCUUGUUAAUGUAAUGUAUGACUUAAACGGUUCUGGAUGUAAAAUAAAACUGGAAUUACAGAGUUUUUUGAAGUCAUGUGAUAAGUUGUGUUGGUAUAGAUAAUAAUAGUGCUAUUUCCAAUGUUCAGUUUAGUUAUAAGAUCGAAAAACUUAGUACGAGUAGUUAUGUUACAUCUAGCAAAAAUUUAGUACAUUAUCCCAUUUUGGACCCAGUGGAAAUGGAGGGAACAAACUGCGUACAUAUAAAAAGUUUAAGAAGGAAUUUGUGGUCGAGAAUUAUUGUAAAUUCUAAUAUGUUUGUUUCUGUUAAAGUACGCUUACGCUAAAAUGACGUCAAGUUAAUGUACGAUGACGUCAAUGUUUUCGUUGCGACCAAGAAAGAACGCUACUAUAUUUUAUCUACUGUUUUAGAUUUACAUAUGCUUCAAAUAAUCUUGAACAUUUCACAGCCUUAAUCGAAAUAAUGUAUAGUAAAAUCGUGUUUUACUUAAAUUAAUACACUCGGUUAUACGCCCUCGUGCAAUUAUUCCGCAGACGUAUAACCUCUUUUCGUGUAUUAAUAACGUUAAAACACGUUUUUCUAAACAUUAUUUCUUAAAUAUACUCCCUCGCACUUAUAUAGCUGUAUUUGCAACUUUAAAAAUUGGUACUGCCCUAAUCUAAUAGUAACUGGACGGUAUAAAAGGUUACAUGUUGAUGAAAGGAAUUGCCCUUUUUGCACUAAUCAGGUGGUAAAUGAGUUCCGUGUUUUGAUGGACAGUUUUUAUAUGAUGAUGGUAAAAGUCUAUUUACAUAUGCUUCAAAUAAUCUUGAACAUUUCACAGUCUUAACAGAGAAAGACAAAAUAUUUGAAACAACAAGGACUGAUUUCUUAUAUAUGUAGCACAUUUAAGGUAUAUUUGUAUUAUUAGCUUAGCUUAUAUUUUACGUAAAUCUGACGGUAAACAUAUUUAAAUUGGCCGAAGUAAAAGGUUUUUUAGUUUUUGUGUGUGUGUUAUUAAGUGUGCACAUAUAGUGUAAUAGUAGCAUUGCAAUUCACAUCUGGUGUUAGACGAUAUAUGUUUUAGUUAUUAUUUGAUAACAUACAACAAGAAAUUUUAGUAAAAGGGUUUCUUAAUUUUGGUAGGACACUACUGACACUUCUUUUUAUCUGUAGUUAUACUUGUAAAUAUAAUACGUGUGCAUUAAUCAGUCUACGGUGAUAAAUGUGUCGUCUUAAUAUUGUUUGGAUACAGCUUUUUAAUGUUUUUCAUUAGUAAACGUCAACUUUCCAUUUUGAAUAGAUUUUUAACUGAAAUAUACAUUGUCAGUAAUACUGGUAUGAAUUUAUCUUAAGACUUUUGUAGUUCUGUAAAAGAAUGACCAUUUGCAUAAUUAUAUCGAUGCUAUUGAAUAUAUAUUUUAUUGAUGUUUGUAAAUUGAUGAGUCCCUAAUAAACUAUAUAUAUUCUCUCUAUAUAAAUAAAAUAUUAUAAUGCUAACUUGUAUCCUCGCGGGUCUCAAGUAUAAGAAAAUAAACUGUUCUGAAUUUAA